AUGAGAGACGAUAACCUCCCCGAGAACGAACACUCGUUUUUCUGCGGCAUUUCGAAAAAGGCUUCCAAGUACCAUUCAGGCAUUCCUUAUCUGAAGAAACUUCCGUUCUCAGUCAUCGCUAUUAUCGUCACCCUCAUAGUCGUUAAUCUGCUAGUGUGGGCCGGAGUCGGCAUCAUUCUGCACUGGCACACGCCUCUAGUUUCGACUGCUGUUCUAUCCUACACACUCGGCCUCCGCCAUGCUUUGGACGCAGACCACAUUUCCGCCAUCGACCUGAUGACUCGGCGCCUGAUCGCGGCAGGCCAGCGUCCAGUCACAGUUGGAAUGUUUUUCUCUCUCGGCCACUCCACCAUUGUCAUCAUCACUUCGUUGGUAGUCGCAGGUACCGCGGCAGCUGUAUCAUCCAAAUUCGACGGCUUUGAGCGCAUUGGUGGUAUCGUUGGAACAUCUGUCUCCGCUACGUUCCUUCUCUUACUGGGAAUCAUGAACAUCUACAUUUUGUACAAACUCAUUGUGCAAAUGAAGAAAAUGAUUGCGAGCGACCCCGGAAGCGAGCAUGAAGAGUUCAAAAUUCAAGGCGGUGGAUGCCUCUUUCCCCUGCUGCAAAAGCUUUUUAAACUCAUCGAUCGACCCUGGAAGAUGUAUCCUCUGGGAGUUCUCUUCGGCCUCGGCUUUGAUACUAGUUCAGAAAUUGCGAUUCUUGGUAUCUCAUCAAUCCAAGCGACGAAGGGUACAUCUAUCUGGCUUAUUCUCAUAUUCCCACUGCUGUUCACGGCGGGCAUGUGCUUGCUGGAUACAACAGAUGGUGCGCUGAUGAUGACCCUUUAUACAAGUACACAGCUGGCGAGGGAUCCAAUUGCGAUUUGCUACUACAGCAUCGUGUUGACUAUCAUCACGGUCAUUGUUGCAACGAUCAUUGGAACAGUGCAAUUCCUCAAUCUCAUACUGAACGUGGCCGAGCCGGAUGGUAGGUUUUGGGAUGGAGUUGAGAGGCUGGGAGCCAGCUGGGACAUUGUUGGUGGUGCAAUCUGCGGCUGCUUUGUUGUCUUCGGUGGCCUCAGCGUUCUGUUAUACAAGCCAUGGAGACGUCGUGUUGAUAAGAAGAGAGUCCACAAUGCGCACUUCGAGCCACUAUCGCAAAGACCAUCGACUCCCACAGCUAUUGACGAAGAGCAGCAAGGUAUUUUUGCGACAAGCAAAAACGGGCUAAAAGAGGUGGACGUUAGUGUGGAGUCUGCUGAAGCCAUCGAUGCGGCAGGGCCGGCACGCCGCUAA